UCGCACGGGCCCGCCUGCCUAUCCCACUGCCCGGUCCACCGCCGCAAACUCUGCCCGCCCGCGCGCGCCCCACCCCGCCGAUCGCGGUGAGCCCGGACUCCGCCGCCGCCGCUUCGCUCUACCCUGACCAGCCCUAGAUCUGUGCGGGAUCCGCCGCCAUGUUCUGGCGCAUGACCGGCCUCUCCGCGGCCUCGCCCCUUCCACUCCACGUUCAGGGUUAUAUUCUGUGAUCACCGUCAUGUUCCUGCUGCACGCACACCUACCCAGGGAAGGAAUUGGAUAAAGCUUGAGUGCAGCUAGUUUGAGCAAUUCCAUUGACAACGAUUCCGGUUCAUUAAUAAACAGGCUUUCUCUGGCUCUCUGCACAUUUUCUGUUACUGUCUCUGUGGGAACAUAUUUUCUGUUUCUGUCCCAUUACUAUUUAUAGGGCUUCCUAUACCUGUGUCGGAAACUAAUUUCAUGUCAAGUAUGCUUACUGUUUAUUUAUUUCUUAUUCCCUUAUAAAGAGUCGUAAAACUUUUUCUGGCCCAUGGGGUAGUUUCAUCAUCAUGUUAUCACUAGAUGUAUUCUUUUGGUUCAUUGUACUCAUUUUAUAGUAAUAAUAACUAACUGUCCAGUGGACCGACCAUGUUUAUUGUCAUGUCUUAUUUAUUUAGGGGCUGUUUGGAUCCCAGGAGCUAAAACAAAAGUGACUAAAGUUUAGUUACUUAGAGCAACUCCAGUAGUUCUCUAAAUGACUCUCUAAAUCAAGAAUUUAGAUAGUUAGCACAAAAACCUCUCUCCAACAGCUCUCUAAAUUGACUUCAUAAAUUUAGUCACUUCUCAUGUAACCCUAUUUCCUCCCUACAUUUGAUAAUCAUGUAGCAAGUCACGAAAAAAAACUGACGCCAUUUUCUCACUCGUGGCAAUCUUUCCCUGUUCCUGCUGCUUCGUAUGUCACACAUGCCUUUGACUCUUCCUGUUUUGUACGGCAGUCGUGUUGCAUGGUAUCCAAAUGACCCACCAAUUUGAUUUUUCAAACAGAUUAACUACCUAAAUAAUAGCAACUGUUGGAGAUCCACAAAUUUUUUUUGAACGCCCAAUAGCUGUUUACAAACUUGCUAAAUACAAUUUUAAGGAGAUAUAUUUUACAUAACUACUGGAGCUGCUCUUAGGAGCUAAAGAUCCAAAUAGGAAGCACUAAAACUGAUUAUAGUGGUGAAAAAAGUAUCAAUUUAGUCACUUUUAGCUCUUCCUGUUUGGAUAUUUAGCUCCUAAGUAACUAAACUCUAUAAUCAUUUUUGCUUUAGCUCCUGGAAUCCAAACAUGCCCUUAGUAUACCUUUUUUUUUUACCAUCUCAGGUUUCUUGUGAAAAUUUAGUAGCAUACACUGGGGCAUCCCCGUCCCACAUGCCUAACUUUCUUUUCCUGUUGGUCAGGUGGAUACAAUUCUGGACAAGGAGAACUUUACAUUGGAAGAGCUUCUUGAUGAGGAUGAAAUCAUUCAGGAGUGCAAAGCGCUGAAUACCCGACUCAUAAAUUUCUUGCGAGAUAAGGCCCAAGUGUCGCAAUUACUUCGUUACAUUGUGGAAGAAGUUCCUGAGGAUUCAGAGAAGAAACAAUCUUUCAAGUUUCCUUUUAUCGCUUGUGAGAUUUUUGCUUGUGAAAUUGACAUUAUUUUGAGAACCUUGGUAGAGGAUGUUGAGUUAAUGGAUUUGCUUUUUUCAUUUAUAAAACCUGACCAUCCGCAUAGCACACUGUUAGCUGGUUACUUCAGUAAGCCAGGUCAUUUAUCUUUUUAGGUGGUUAUAUGUUUGAUGCUUCGAAAGACUGCUCCUCUUAUGAAUUAUGUUCAGGAGCAUCCAGAUAUUGUUGUCCAGCUUGUCGACCUCAUUGGUAUCACAUCAAUAAUGGAGGUGUUGGUGAGAUUGAUUGGUGCUGAUGAAACCAUAUACUUGAAUUUCGCGGAUACAUUGCAUUGGUUAGAGAAUACAUAUGUACUGGAAAUGAUUGUGGAUAAAUUUAGCUCAUCAGACUCUCCUGAAGUGCAUGCAAAUGCUGCUGAAAUUCUUUCUGCGGUAACUCGAUGCGCCCCUCCUGCUCUUGCUGCAAAAAUAUGCAGUCCAAGUUUUGUUGGCAGGUUGUUUCAUCAUGCUCUUGACGAGUCAAGACCAAAAUCUGUUCUGGUUCAUUCAUUGUCAGUGUGUAUAUCUUUAUUGGACCCCAAAAGACUAGCAUCAGUCUCAUACCAAGCAUUUAGAAGCAACUUAACUCACGGGACGCUGGUUACAGCCAGUCCAGAAACAGUUGAUGGUAUACUGGAGAGUCUAGGUGACUUGCUGAAGUUACUGGACAUUACUUCUUCUCAAAAUGUUUUUCCUACAACUUAUGGAUGUUUGUGUCCGCCUCUUGGAAAACACCGUUUGAAGAUUGUAGAAUUCAUCUCUGUUUUGCUAACAAUUGGUAGCGAAAUAGCUGAGAAGAAGCUAAUAAGCCAAUCAGUGAUAAAGCAUUGCAUUGAUUUAUUUUUUCAGUACCCUUAUAAUAACUUUUUGCAUCAUCAUGUUGAGAACAUUAUUGUUUCUUGCCUUGAGGUUAAAAGAAAUCAAUUGAUUGACCAUAUUCUUAAUGACUGUGGUCUUGUUGGUAAAGUCCUUGCCGCUGAAAAAAGUUCUUCUCUGGCAGUGGAGUCUAAUGGGCCAACAUUACCAUCAGAAGGGAAAGAACCUCCAAGAAUUGGGAAUAUUGGGCACAUAACUCGAAUAGCGAAUAAGCUCAUUCAAUUUGGAAAUAGUAACAGCAUGAUCCAGAGUCACUUGCAGGAGAACAGUGAGUGGGCUGUAUGGCAAAUAGAUGUCCUGAUCAAACGCAAUGAGGUGGAGAAUGUUUACCAUUGGGCAUGUGGCCGUCCAACAUCUCUACAUGAUCGUGGGAGGGAUAGCGAUGACGACGACUUCCGAGACAGAGACUACGAUGUGGCAGCACUCACUAAUAAUAUGAGCCAGGCAUUUCGAUUUGGGAUAUACAGGAAUGAUGACAUUGAAGAGGCACAAGGAUCCCACGAACGAGAUGAUGAGGAUGUCUACUUUGAUGACGAGUCAGCUGAAGUAGUAAUAUCUUCAUUGUGUUUGGGGGAUGAUCAGGACAGCAGUUCACUCUUCACGAAUUCAAACUGGUUUACGUUUGAUGGUGAUAGAGGAAUCAAUGACCGCCUAGCUGCCUCUGUUCCUCCAUCAUCCCCGGAUUCUGAAGCGAUUUCCUUAAACACUGAGAAUACUGAUGAAGCGCUAACUGGUGAAACCACUGGAGGCACUGAGUCACUGCGGGAAAGUGCAUCCCUUGCCAAUGAACUAGCAGAAGUCGCUAACGACAAUGAUGCUGAUGCCACGGACGGUGAGAAAAUUUUGUGUACAGAAGAGGACAGUCAAGCCUCCGAGGGGCCUGUGGAUGCUAAAGAGGACAAGACUGGAGGAGCGUCUAAAGCAGCGAAUGAAUCUGUGCCUGACAAUGCCUUGCCUGAAUCCCACCACACUGAUUGUCGGUGCGCUGACUCAUCUGAAUCAGGAACAGAAGAAGAUGUGGAGAUUGAUGAUGAGAAGAAAUCUGAGACUGCUAUGACAAAUGAAUGAGCGUUAUGGGCUUGGAAUGAUAGGAUGGCGGAUCAGAUUCUUUUGCUGGUGAGCAAUGCCACUCAAGCAGGGGCGCCGUACAAUUUUAACAGCGCUGCUUUGCUAUUGAGGAGUCUGGUUGUUACUGCAUACUCGGGCACGCACGCUCUUUUAUCAUCUCACCUCAUCACCAUCAUCCCACAUGGACCAAUGUCGUCUGGCGGCUCCUGAUUUUGGUCUCUUCGAACUGUAAUAUCUGCAGUGAGUUUUUUCCAUCAGUUUUUAUUUUUUUUUCCGGGUUUCUGCAUCUGUAAUAGCUAUUUCUUCAAGCGCAAAACAUGUCUUCUCUUUGUUGCUAUAAAAAGCAUAUAGUUUCACCAAAAUUUA